AUGACGAAGCAAGCAUUAUUCAAACCCACUUUAAUCAUCCACGGCGGCGCCGGCAACAUUCAGCGCUCCAAACUCCCCCCCGACUUAUACGCCGCCCACCACGCCUCCCUCCAAUCCUAUCUCCGCUCAACCCAUACUAUCCUCAAAAAUGGCAGUACAGCUCUGGACGCAGCUGUGCACGCCGUCUCUCUCCUCGAAGAUGACCCUCUCUUCAACUGCGGCCGUGGCAGCGUCUUCACAACAGCUGGCACAAUCGAAAUGGAAGCCUCCGUAAUGGUGACAUCCGUGAACCAUCCCGACGCAACCCAACCAGGCGCGAUCAAGCGCGGUGCAGGCGUGAUGGGCGUCCGCAAUGUGCGUCAUCCGAUCCGUCUUGCGCGCGAAUCCCUUCUCAGAUCGGGUGUCGCCGCCGAUGGAUCUCCGGUAGAUGACGGAGGGAGUAUGCAUUCUCAGCUUGUCGGUCCAUAUGUUGAGACUCUUGCUCGGGAGUGGGGAAUGGAAUUUUGUUCCGAUGAGUGGUUCUUCACGCAGGAGAGAUGGGACGAGCAUAUAAGGGGUUUGAAGGGUGAGGAGGAGCCUGUGGUUUUAAGUCAAGGGACUGUCGGUUGUGUUUGUCUUGAUCAGUGGGGGAAUCUGGCUGUUGCCACUAGUACUGGUGGUUUGACGAACAAGUUGCCUGGGAGAAUUGGCGAUACGCCUACCUUGGGGGCUGGGUUCUGGGCUGAGGCUUGGGAUGAGAUUGUGCCGGGUGGUGAUGAAGCAGUGACAGAAGACUCUUCGGUGGGUGGCUUGCUACGCGAUGCGAGGAACUGGCUGGGGGAUUGCAUGCCGUCGUUCUUGCGAGAUCAGGCCUUAUUUCUGUACUCGUCCCUGUCGGGUGAUGGUUCCUCCCGGCAGCUGGACUUGGGUUCUGGGAAGACUUGUCAUAUUUAUCAACCUUCUGCUCAAUACUCUCAUCGGCGAGCUGUUGCGGUCUCUGGGACUGGGAAUGGAGACUCUUUCCUUCGGGUUGCGGCUGCACGCACGGUUGCCGCAAUGCUACGGUUUUCUCCGCCUGGUAGGUUCCUUUCUGGUCUUGCAGAUGCAGUGACGGCUGUUUCUGGGCCAGGUGGGGAACUUCAACGUUCAGCUGGCUCCAGGUGGAAUAAUACCGGUGAGGGCAAGGGCGGUAUCAUCGGCAUAGAGGCAGAGCUUGCCCCUGUAAACCGGGCAUCGGAUUUCAAACUACAUCGGGGUAAGGUUGUAUUUGACUUCAAUUGUGGUGGUAUGUGGCGUGCCUGGGUAGAGGAGGAUGCUGCUGGCAAUGAAGUUGAGAGGAUUAUGGUCUUUCGGGAGCAGUAUGAAUAG